AUGAAGAGAAAAGGAAAAAAACAUUGGCCCCCUUACCGCAGGUCUGGUUCUCUCAGCAUUGGCCCCCUUACCGCAGGUCUGGUUCUCUCAGGAUUGCCCCCCUUACCACAGGUCUGGUUCUCUCAGCAUUGGCCCCCUUACCACAGGUCUGGUUCUCUCAGCAUUGGCCCCCUUACCACAGGUCUGGUUCUCUCAGCAUUGGCCCCCUUACCGCAGGUCUGGUUCUCUCAGGAUUGCCCCCCUUACCACAGGUCUGGUUCUCUCAGCAUUGGCCCCCUUACCACAGGUCUGGUUCUCUCAGCAUUGGCCCCCUUACCACAGGUCUGGUUCUCUCAGCAUUGGCUCCCUUACCACAGGUCUGGUUCUCUCAGCAUUGGCCCCCUUACCACAUGUCUGGUUCUCUCAGCAUUGGCCCCCUUACCACAGGUCUGGUUCUCUCAGCAUUGGCCCCCCUUAUCACAGGUCUGGUUCUCUCAGCAUUGGCCCCCUUACCACAGGUCUGGUUCUCUCAGCAUUGGCCCCCUUACCACAGGUCUGGUUCUCUCAGCAUUGGCCCCCUUACCACAGGUCUGGUUCUCUCAGCAUUGGCCCCCUUACCACUGGUCUGGUUCUCUCAGCAUUGGCCCCCUUAACACAGGUCUGGUUCUCUCAGCAUUGGCCUCCUUACCACAGGUCUGGUUCUCUCAGCAUUGGCCCCCUUACCACAGGUCUGGUUCUCUCAGCAUUGGCUCCCUUACCACAGGUCUGGUUCUCUCAGCAUUGGCCCCCUUACCACAGGUCUGGUUCUCUCAGCAUUGGCCCCCUUACCACAGGUCUGGUUCUCUCAGCAUUGGCCCCCUUACCACAGGUCUGGUUCUCUCAGCAUUGGCCCCCUUACCACAGGUCUGGUUCUCUCAGCAUUGGCCCCUUACCACAGGCCUGGUUCUCUCAGCAUUGGCCCCCUUACCACAGGUCUGGUUCUCUCAGCAUUGGCCCCUUACCACAGGUCUGGUUCUCUCAGCAUUGGCCCCAUUACCACAGGUCUGGUUCUCUCAGCAUUGGCCCCCUUACAACAGGUCUGGUUCUCUCAGCAUUGGCCCCCUUACCACAGGUCUGGUUCUCUCAGCAUUGGCUCCCUUACCACAGGUCUGGUUCUCUCAGCAUUGGCCCCCUUACCACAGGUCUGGUCUGGUUCUCAGCAUUGGCUCCCUUACCACAGAUCUGGUUCUCUCAGCAUUGGCCCCCUUACCACAGGUCUGGUUCUCUCAGCAUUGGCCCCUUACCACAGGUCUGGUUCUCUCAGCAUUGGCUCCCUUACCACAGGUCUGGUUAAAACAAUAA